UAAUGGUGUCGGAUCGACGAAAGAUACAACUGCUGAAAUUCAUCGAGAGGGAUGCACCCAUCUCCCUGAGCUUCCGUACCUGGGAGCUGUACGAGUACCCUCUACUCCCCACCACUUCGAAACACGUGUGGACCGUCAAGACGUCGACUCAGUUGGAGAAACCACGAUACGUGAUACUGGGUUUUCAGACGGGCAGAAAGAAUAAGAAAAAUAAGAACGCUAGUCACUUUGACCACUGCAACGUCAGAGACGUUAAGCUCCUUUUGAAUUCGCAAUGUUAUCCCUAUGGAAAUCUGAAUCUUGACAUUGAUCAUAAUCAGUUUGCCCUGCUCUACGAGAUUUAUGUAAACUUUCAAGCUACGUACUAUGGCAAGGAUCAAGUACGCUCCAUUGAUCGUUAUGGAUUGCUCCAAACAAAACGAGUCCCUUAA